CUUGAAGUUAAUAAUUGGCGGCCAGUUGAAGAACGUCUAAUAGUUCCUUAUUGUCUCCCUCUACUUUACUUACUAUGCGGUAUCCUCAUCACAAUUGUGUUUAACGCGCAUAUAUUUCCACAUUCGCUUCUCGUAUAUAUUCCUUCUUGUUUACCAGAGACCAGACACACAUACAUACCCCUGGGCAUAUUUCUCUUCAUUCCUUUUUUUUCUCUCUUCCCGGGUUUGGUUUGGUUGAGUUUAGUCUAGUUUACCUACUCGUUAGCUACUCCCGCAGCCUUACCUAUACCCGACCCAACCCAUCCUAUCCUAAUAAGCAAUCAUGGACCCGAAUGCCUUCCCAUCCGACCUCCGCGGCAUGAUCAAAUGGGCCGGGAACGACGUCCUCACGUACCGCGACGCGACCGUGCAAAUGCAGAACCGGCCCCUGCUCUUCCGGCGGUACGAGGACUAUCCCGAGAGCCACAGCUACGGCGCCCACUCGUCGCCGUCCCAAGGCGGUACCCGGCUGUACGACCCGUCGAGCCUCGGCCAGUCCAACCCGCCACUCCGCCACUCCUCUCCUCCUCCUCUUCUUCCUCAUUACACGGGGACCACAGAAGGCCCAGACCCGCAAACAGCCUCCUCGUACUACGAAAAGCAAGUCUACGAAGCGGAAGAAGAACGGCGGCAGCAGCGGGGCGCGUAUGCGGAAAGACACGGCCACGAGAACGAGUACCGCGACGACGAGGACACGUCCGAGUCCACCGGGUGGGACGAGGAAUACACGUACGCCGCGUCGCAGCAGGACCCGGAGGAAGGAAGCGAGUACUCGGACACGGAAGACGGGCGGUCGUUCGUGACGCAGAACUACAUCCGCGACAAGUACCAGGCGGCGCGGGGGGGAGGGACGGAGGAGGAGCAGCGCAGCUGGGGAUCCAACAACCCGUACUCGGCGACGCAGCAGCAGUUCCGGGUUCGGGGCGCGGUGCCGACGACGAGCGCAGGGGGGGUAGCAGCACCAGCACCAGCAGCAGCUCCCACGCCGCUGACCGCCGCCAACCUGAGCGCCGUGCCGGACGCAACCCGCAACCGGCACGUGUCUGCGCCGCAGCCGCGGCCGCGGCCGCGCUUCUUCUCCACGCUGUCUACCAUCGCCUCGGGCCCCUCGUCGGAAAGACCGCGGCAGCACCGUGCCGAAGCCGCGGCUUUUUCGAGACAUAGAGACCGGGACCGAGAUCGCGAUCGGGACCGGGAUCGGGACCAGGGCCGCAGCAAGAGCCAUCGACGGAGUGCCGCUGUGGACUUGAGCGGGGUGUUCGCCUUUCCUGCAAAACUAAGGACGAUGAGAAGAGACGCUUAAAUCGUCUUCUGGAUACUAUGCAGAAGAUGAUGAUGUCUCACCUCCUCGUCCGUAAAAGGGGAUGAUAAC